AUGGAAGAAGAAGCUCAUGAAUUCUUCCACACAGCGGAUCAUUUCGCCGUCGAUGACCUUUUGGUCGAUUUCUCUAACGAUGAUGACGACGAAAACGAUGUCAUUGUUGAUCCCGACGGCACCAACACAGCCACCGUCAUAGCCGACAGCUCUAACUCCUCCUCCUUCUCCCCCGGCAGUCUCCCAAAUAUCUACGGUGACGUUCAAGACGGCACCAGCUUCUCCGGCGACCUUUGCGUACCGAGUGAUGAGUUGGCUGAGCUAGAGUGGCUGUCGAACUUCGUGGAGGACUCGUUCUCGACCGAAGAUGUACACAAGCUCCAGCUAAUAUCCGGUUACAAGACCCGACCCGACCCUAAAUCCGAAACCGUCUCGGAAAACCCGAACAGCAGUCCUAUUUUCACGACUGACGUCUCUGUGCCGGCCAAAGCCAGGAGCAAACGCUCACGCGCCGCCGCGUGCAACUGGGCCUCACGUGGGCUUCUCAGGGAAGCCGUUUACGACAAUCCGUUCACCGGAGAAACCAUCAUCACGAGCCGCCCCCUGUCUCCACCUACUUCGCCCAUGUCCAUGGUUCAGCUUGGGAAAAAGCAAGCCAUCGACGGAAUCCGGCGAAAGAAAGAUUCUUCGCCGGAGUCAGGCGGGGCAGAGGAUCGGCGGUGUCUCCACUGCGCCACGGAUAAGACGCCGCAGUGGCGGACGGGUCCAAUGGGUCCGAAGACGCUGUGCAACGCUUGUGGCGUGAGGUACAAAUCGGGGCGCCUGGUGCCGGAGUACCGGCCGGCGGCGAGUCCGACGUUCGUGCUGACAAAGCAUUCCAAUUCUCAUCGGAAAGUUAUGGAGCUCCGGCGGCAGAAGGAGAUGACGAAGGCCCACCAUGAGUUCAUACAUCACCAUCACGGUACGGACAGUGCCAUGAUUUUCGACGUCUCAUCGGACGGUGAUGAUUACUUGAUCCACCACAAGGUUGGCCCAGAUUUCAGACAGCUUAUUUGA